AUUGUCGAGGUUGGAGUACACACAGUGGAGGGAGUGUGGCCAUUGCCACAAACUUUAAUUUCCUCAACAGAGAGAUACACACUGAACCCCCGGGCUUUCUACUUUGGUUACCGGAGAGAAUCAGCCGCACAGGAGGGCUGUUCUGUCCUCGAUGCUGCAUUCAAGAGAUACUUUUCUCUUAUUUUUCCAGACUACACUUCUGGAAAUGAUAAACUGCGAUUCAGUGAGGAUAAACCAUUUACUGUUGAAAUCGGUGUUGACAGUCACGAUUGCGAGAGUUAUCCAAAUGAAGUCUCAUCUGAGAGAUACAAUUUGAGUGUCUCUGCAGGACAAGCGUAUCUGAAUGCAGAGACUGUGUGGGGGGCUCUAAGAGGUCUGGAAACAUUCAGUCAGUUGGUGUAUCAAGAUGAUAUGGGCUCAUAUUUUGUGAAUAAGACUGACAUUAAAGACUUCCCUCGCUUUCGGUACAGGGGGAUUUUACUGGACACUUCACGGCACUAUUUACCAGUGCAGGCUAUUUUAAAAACUCUGGAUGCAAUGGCCUACAGUAAGUUCAAUGUGUUUCAUUGGCACAUUGUUGAUGACCCCUCCUUUCCUUACCAAAGUCGCACCUUUCCAGACCUUUCCUGUAAGGGGGCUUUCCAUCCGAUGACUCACAUCUACACACAGUCAGAUGUGAGAAGGGUGAUCUCAUAUGCCAGGAUGCGAGGAAUAAGGGUCCUUCCGGAAUUUGAUUCACCAGGCCACACAAAAUCCUGGGGAAAAGGGCAAUCAAAUCUGUUGACUCCUUGCUACAGAGGGGGUACUCCUUCAGGCACUUUUGGCCCUGUUAAUCCAGCAUUACCCUCCACUUACUGGUUCAUGACGUCACUGUUUAAGGAAGUGUCAUCUGUGUUUCCUGACUCCUAUAUCCACUUAGGAGGGGAUGAGGUUGACUUUUCCUGCUGGAGAUCUAACCCAUAUGUCCGCACAUUCAUGCAGAAGAUGGGAUUUGGAGUAGACUUCCGUAAGCUGGAAGCGUUCUACAUUGAGAAAAUUGUGAACAUCACAUCAGCUCUUAACAAGACAUCUGUCAUUUGGCAGGAUGUUUUUGACAAUCAUAAACCACGCAGUUCUCUAUCAGUGGUGGAGGUAUGGAAACAGGGCUGUUACCUGUGUGAAGUACGCAGGGUGGUUAAAGCAGGGCUCAGGGUAAUUCUGGCUGCUCCAUGGUAUCUGGACCAACCAGGACCUACACACAACUGGGCCCGCUACUACAAUGUAUGGCCCCUUGCCUUUACAGGUACAGAGGAACAGAAGAGGCUGGUGUUAGGAGGUGAAGUGUGCAUGUGGGGAGAAUAUGUAGAUGCCACCAAUCUCUCCCCGCGACUCUGGCCAAGAGCAAGUGCAGCUGCAGAGAGACUGUGGAGUGAUGGGAAACAAACUUCCAGUGUGGAAAGAGCCUCUCCACGACUGCUGGACUUUCGGUGCAAGCUCCUUAGGUACUUUACUUUUUUGGCCCUUAAUGUGCUUCUUACUGGCCUAGAAUACAUAGUUAUGCUUCUGUUUCACUUCUUUAGGCGCGGAAUCCAAGCCGAACCUCUAAAUGUUGGACACUGCAAACAUGAGUACCAAGGUGUUUGAAGGUGAUUUGACAUACAGAGUUUGUUUUUUAACCUAAUUAAGUUUAUGGGUUCAGUCAUGGUUAGGAGGUUGGGGGGAAAGGGGGGUACAUUUAAAAUAUAAAAAUGAUUUAAUAUUUUGUUUUUCCACUUUCUGGUAAAGUAUGUAGAUACUUAAA